GCUUCCCGCCGAAAUCAAGCUCUGAGUCAUCGGUGUGGGGCAUUCGUCCUCCCUGGCAGUUUGUUUUACGUCUAAAUUCGCGUCGGUUCUUAUUUAUCUCUCUGGCAAGGUCUGAAGACGGGCAGGAGAAUAACCUGUGUCAGCGUGUUAUGAUGCCGUCCCGUACCAACCUGGCUACUGGAAUCCCCAGUAGUAAAGUGAAAUAUUCAAGGCUCUCCAGCACAGACGAUGGCUACAUUGACCUUCAGGGGGCAGACCGGGCCGUUCCAGUCCUGAUCAUUGGCAUUCUGGUGUUCCUACCGGGUUUUUACCACCUGCGCAUCGCUUACUACGCAUCCAAAGGCUACCGUGGUUACUCCUAUGAUGACAUUCCAGACUUUGAUGACUAGCACCCACCUAAUAGCUGAGGAGAAGAGUCACAGUGGAACUGUCCCAGCUUUAAGAUACCUAGCAGAAACUAUAGCUAAGGACUAAGGAAUUCUGCUUGCAGAUGUUUAAGAAAAUAAUGGCCAGAUUUUAUGGGUCCUUCCCAAAGAUGUUAACUGAACCUACAGUAGCUAAUUAGGACAUGCUCUGUUUUUCAUCCCUUGGCCCUGGCAAGAGCUCCUGACAAGUUUUUCCACAGGAAUAUGUAUCAUGGAAGAAUAGAGGUUAUUCUGUAAUGGAAAAGUGUUGCCUGCCACCACCCUCUGUAGAGCUGAGCAUUUCUUUUAAAUAGUCUUCAUUGCCAAUUUCCUCUUGUAGCAAAUGGAAGAAUGUAGUAUGGCUAAUUUCUUAUUACUAAGUAAUUUAUUUUAAAAAUAUCUGAGUAUAUUAUCCUCUACACUUAUCCCUACCUUCAUGUUCCAGUGGAAGGCCUUAGUAAAAUCAAAGAUCGGUGAGUUCAUCUGUAAUGUUUUUUUUACUUGCUUUCUUAUUGACAGCAACCAGGAAUUUUUUUUUUCCUGCGGAGCAAGUUUUCAAAAUGUAAAUACUUUCUCUGUUUAACAGUCCUUGGCCCAUUCUGAUCCAGUUCACCAGUAGAUUGGACAGCAUACAAUUUGGAUCAUUUUGUCCCUUGUAAAUCAAAAUGUUCUGUAGAUUAUUCCUUUAAUGGCUGGACUUUUGGCUGUUUCCUAAUGAAACAUGUAGAUAAGUGGUUAUUAUUUCGAGUUUAUAACCCUAUUGCUAGCACCUUGUAUGAUGUCAUCAUUCUGCUCAUGAUUCCAAGGAUCAGCCUGGAUGCCUAGAGGACUAGAUCACCUUAGUUUGAUUCUAUUUUUUAGCUUGCAAAAGGUGACUUAUAUUCCAAAGAAAUUAAAACGUUGAAAUCCAAAUCCUGGAAUUAAAAUGAGUUAACUUUAAACAUUU